AUGAUAACUCAUCAAAGCAGCUUCAAUUCAUCAUCAACCAAAAAAUCAAAGAGGGCUUCUGCUCAUGUUAGUAGUGGUGUUAACGUAAAUCCCUUUAACCCAUAGCUUUCAAGCGCAUUAAUAUAGACAACAUUUGGAUAGCUUUCUUCUAAGUAAUUAGUAGAUACUCAUUCACUCUUCUGCGCCAAACACAAUCAAAAACCAAUUGAGAAAGUAUGUCUCCAUCCAUAAUGUGAAUAAGAUAUUCUGCUCUGUACUGAGUGUUUCUUUGACUACCAAUCCCACAUUUCAAAUCACCGUGAGUAUAUUUUUGGGUAUGUAGACUUUAUUUAGCUUUGUAAAGAGAAUUCCCUCAAUCACCACGAUGCUCUUCCUCAAGACAAGAGCUUUAAUAUCAUCAUUUCAGAGCUUGAUUCAAAUAUGGUUAAGUAUAAAACUCAUAUUAGAAGAGAAGAAGAAAAAAUAGAUGCUGAUUUUGACUCGCUCAUUGAAAAUGUAGUAAAUGACUUAAAUGACCUUAGAAAUAAACUAAAAGAAAAACUUAAAGCCCAUUAAGACACUUAUUAAGGAUUGUGCAAUCAACUUAGAGAGUAAACAUCUAGCUUGAACAAAGAAGCUAGUUCUAAUCAUAAACUCAACAAUGAAUAUGAUGUCUUUCUCAAUAAUCUGAUUUCAUAAAAGAACAAUACUAUAAAUUUCAAAAGAUUGAUCACUAACUUAAAGCCCAUCAUCUUGAAGUAAUUAUAAUAGGAACCUCCUAAAAAUAUUUUGGGUCUAAGUAACUUCUAAUCCAACAGAUCAGAAACAAGCAUAGCUAACAAUUUGGUUGGUGAUAAGAGCCAUUAAUCUAAUACAUUAACUAGUAGCUCACUUUUCAACACUUAAUACUCCUCUUCAUAAUCUUCUUCAUUAAGUGAUAAGGGAGUAAACAAAUUCUAAAAAAAUCUCAAGGAUAUAUUUAGUGAAUUCUAGAGCAUGACUACCUACAAGCCCUUAUAUCGUAAUAAAGGAGAAGCCAACAAUAUCUAUCGUGCAUAUUUAGCUGAACACCGCAGAUAAUACUUUUCUUUCUUAGAAGGAUUGAGCGAAUUUGUUGCCUUGCAAACAAAUCCAGCUGCAUAAGCUAAUGGAUAAUUCAAUGGUGUUAGUAAUGUUGGUAAUGUUCCUACAAGUAUUAUGGGUAUUAACAAUACCUUAACUAAUACUAAUACCUUAACUGCUUCCUCUUUUUGUAUGUAAUCACCUCCUAGCAAAAAGAAUUGCAAAGCAUGUUUUGGCAGCAGUAAUAAAAAGUAAAACGUUGUCUUACUAAGCUCAUUCACAAAUUUCAACAAUCUCUAUACAAACUAAACUGUUGUUCCCACUGAUGUGAAUAACUAAGUAAACAAUGAGGAUGCUAUUUAUUAUCAAAAUUCUGGUUUCUCAUCUUAAAAUGUGAAGUUAGCUGACAAGUAAAAGAUCGCCACUAUAGAUCAUUUACAGACUGUCAAUACUAAACACUCUAAAGGUAUAUUUGCUAUUAAAGUCAUUGAUGCUGAAACUAUAGUAACAGCUAGCAGUGACAGAUCUGUACGCAUAUAUAAAAAUUUCGUUGAAGUUAAAGAAAUUCCUUUCCAAUAUGAUGCAACUUGCCUUUCAACACUUCGUAGCAACGAAUUACUAUUAGUUGGUCUCUACCAGUGCUUUGCAGUUGUUAACUUGAGUGAUUAUUCUAUUGUUAAAAUUGUUAACUGUGAGCACGAAUCUUCAAUCAAUUAACUUGUAGGUUUAAAUGACUCUCAAACUGUACUUACUGUAUCUACUGAUCCUAAGAUUAUAUCUUUCAAUCUUUUUAACAGUGAAAUAACUCACCCAAAAAAAUACUUUGAGCACAGAGACAGCAUAUAUUGCCUUGAGCUUUUCCCUAAUCAAAAGUUUGUUGCUACUGCAGGUAAAGAUCGCUCAAUCAAGGUCUGGAAACUUAAUUUCUAUAACAAUUUCCGUUAAAAUGCUUUAGAAAAAUUAUCCUUGGAACUCAGCUUAGAUAAUGCCCAUACCACUGAUGUAACUGCUUUGAAAGCUUGCAUAAACUAUGAUACUAUUUUAAUUAGUGGUGCUGCUAAUGGUGAUAUUAAAAUCUGGGAUACAGUUUUAGGAAAACCUUUGAAAUUGUUUAGAAAUAACAGUGGUUGGAUUUUCAAUAUUAUAACACUUGAAAGACCCCAUCUUGCUAACAUCAUAAAUGAAAACAGAAAACCUAUUAUAGAUUCUUGGAAAGAAAAUAAUGAAAAUAUGUGCUCACCCAAAAGAAAUUUCGGUUCUUCUUCUAAAUAAUAAAGCAAUAUCCUUGAAAACUUCUAAUCACCUAUAAGAGCUAAUAAACUUACUAAAGCUUAAGUAGAACAAAUUAAUAAUAUUUCUUUCGUUACAUCUAGCUUUGAUGGUAUGAUGAAAGUCUGGGAAGCUUCUAAAGACGCUCCAGUCCUUUCUUAAAAGAGUAAAAAUAUCUAUGAGUGCUAUCCAUUUGGAGGUGUUGGAGCUUACAAAACAGAAAACAAAAUACAUUUGGUUACUUCUGGUAACAGAGGUGAUAAUACCCUCAACAUAUGGGCUUUAAAAUGA